CUCUUGUUUCCCCUAAUUUCCAAAUCCAAAUCAUUGUCCAUUUCUACAACACUCUCUCUUGAAAAUCCCACAAACUGGGUUAGCAUCAUCCAACAUUAACUACAGCAAAAAAUGGUACUUUAAUCUGUGUCCGAUUCAGAUCUUCUUUGAGAGUGUGAUGAUCUGUGGUUGAUUUGUGUACUGGCUACAAGUCCAUGCCUUUGGUAGUUGUUGAUGCAAUGAAACUCAAUUUCUUAUUGAAACUUGACAUGGGUAUAUCCUAGUUUCCUAAAAUUUUUAAGAAAGAGUGAUUGAACUCUGGUGGGUUGGAAUCAUGAAGUUUCCAUUUUCAGCUAUUGCUCUUUGGUUUGUCUUUGGCUUGUUAGUCAUUCAAUGUCUUGGGAGUUCACACUUCCCUGAGGGAAUGUAUCGUUUUGAAAGGAAUUCUCAUGUAACCUAUAAGUAUGAUCGAAUUGGUGAAGUUCAGAAACAAUGUGCCUCUGUGUUAUCUGCUUCAUCUGAAUUGAGAUCUGAAUAUAGUGGGCUUACUGGUAUGAAAGGAGAGCUUUCUUUUGUCAAUGGGGAUUGGAAACAGGAUGAAGGUAAGUUUCCCUUAAUGCCAUUUGAUGCUGGGAAAUCUCCAGGGACCUUGUCUGAAGACCACACUCCAUUGAAGUUGGUCUCUUUUUGGGUAACAGAUGUUGAUCAUGUCCAUCGAUUGAAGAAGUCAGUCCCUGUCAAUGGUUUAAUGGUGAUAGGCAUUACUCGAGAUGGUACUUUUGUGGAGAAUGCAUAUGAUGGGAAUCCUGAAUUUCUGUUAUGGCCUAGCCAUUCUCAGCUUUCAAUUCCCUUUCAAGGGGUUUACACUGAAUCAAAGAAAAAUGGUGGGGAAAGGGUGUUGUGUUUGUUAGGGAACACUAUGCUUCCAACUCGGGAGGCUGAUCCUGCCAAUCCAUGGGAAUGGAUGAAGACUCCUGGUGAGAUACCACUGUCAGAAGAUGAUCAAAUUCUGCUAGUUCUUCGCUAUCCUAUGACAUUCACGUUAACAAACAGGAUGAUCACCGGAGAGUUAAGAAGUUUGAAUCGCGAAUCAAAUCCUAAAUACUUUGAUGUGGUUCACAUAUCAUCACAGUUGGGCAAGUCGGCAAAGUACACAUUUGGCUCGCAACAUAUUGUAUCCAAAGCAUGCAAUCCAUAUCCAUAUAAAGAUAACCUGACGAAUGAUGGCAUUAGUGUCUAUAAAGGGGCAAGGUUUUGUGAAAUCCUUGAAGAAAUUACUAGAGAGAAACCUUUAUAUGUUGUGCCAAACUGGAGAUGCAAUGGCACAGAUGAUUUCUGCAGUAGAUUAGGCCCUUUUUUGUCGGAUAAGGAAAUCAAAUUAACAGACGGAGGCUUUCAAGAUGUUAAACUUUAUAUGCAGGAUGUUAUCUGUGAGCAAGCAGCUAUCAAAAGUGAUACUGGUUCUGCUAGAGUAUCUACAGUUUUUAGAGCAGUUUCUCCAUCAGAGAAUCAGUAUACUGCAUCAAAGAGAUCUGGUCCCAGCAACAUGUCGCUUGCCACAGAAGGGAUCUGGAAGCCUUCUAGUGGACAACUUUGCAUGGUUGGUUGCCUUGGAUUUAUUGAUACCAAAGGGAGUAACUGUAAUACUCGGAUUUGUUUGUAUAUACCUACCACUUUUUCCAUAAAGCAACGUAGUAUUAUUUUGGGGACCUUAUCUCCCAUCAAUAACAACAAUGCCUUCUUUCCUCUAUCAUUUGAGCAGCUUGUGCUACCUACAGAGCUUUGGAAUUAUUUCAAAUUGACUCAUCCGAGUUACAGAUACUCUAAAACUAAUUUGGCUGGCUCUGUCCUGGAAAAAGAUGAGCCCUUCAGUUUUACAACUGUGGUUAAGAAAUCAUUGCUAACAUUCCCCAAACUUGAAGAUAAUGAGGCAUUCCAUGAUAGUCUGUCGCUUCUUUCGGAAGAUCUCACUUUUCAUGUCUCAGGUUUUCCUGAUCCUAUGCCUAAAGUCCAGGCCCCAAGAGUUGACAUUCAGAUGGAGAUUCUCUCCGUUGGUCCCUUGUUUGGGCGCUAUUGGUAUGCUCAAAAUGGUUCAACAUGGGAACAGGAAACACCAUAUCAUCCGAAGGCUGCUGAUUAUACAGAAAAGAAACUUCUUAUGAAUGUAUCUGCACAACUCAGUCUUACUGGAAAAGCUUAUAGUAAUUUUUCUGUGCUUUUUCUGGAGGGUCUUUAUGAUCCACAUGUUGGAAAGAUGUACUUAAUUGGUUGUAGAGAUGUGCGAGCAUCAUGGAAGGUCUUAUAUCAGAGCUAUGAUCUUGAGGCUGGAAUGGACUGUUUGAUUGAGGUGGUUAUCGCUUAUCCUCCAAUUACAGCUCGGUGGCUAGUCAAUCCCACAGCUACAAUUUCUAUAGAAAGUCAAAGGACUGAUGAUGACGCCCUUCGAUUUAAUGCAAUAAAGCUCCAAACUUUUCCACUUGUAUACAGGAAGCAACGUGAGGAUGUCCUCUCACACAGAAGUGUUGAAGGGAUUCUCCGAAUCUUGACACUUUCAUUGGCAGUUGGGUGCAUUUUAAGCCAACUGUUUUAUAUAAACCAUAAUGUGGACACUCUUCCAUAUAUAUCUCUUGUUCUGCUCGGUGUUCAAGGUCUUGGCUAUAGCAUUCCUCUGGUAACAGGUGCAGAAGCUCUUUUCAAGAGAAUGGUUUCUGAAUCUUAUGAUGUAUCAUCUGUUGAAUUGGAGAACAGUGAAUGGUUCCAUGUCAUUGAUUCCACUGUGAAACUGCUAUUGAUUGUUUCAUUGCUACUAACUCUGCGACUUUUUCAGAAGGUGUGGAAAUCACGCAUCAGAUUGCAAAGGCGUACCCCUCUUGAGCCACUUUGUGUCCCCAGUGAUAAACGGGUACUUCUUUGUACCUUCACCAUGCAUCUGAUUGGGUAUGUAAUUAUUCUAAUAAUUCAUGGCACAAACACAAGUCAGAACCCUCUUAAAGCAAAGAAAUAUUUGACUGAUAGAGAAAAUUCUCAUUCACUGCCGGUUUGGGCAACAGAAUUGGAAGAAUAUGUUGGUCUUGUCCAAGACUUUUUCUUGUUUCCUCAAAUUAUUGGGAACUUAAUCUGGCAUAUCAAUUGUAAACCACUCAGAAAACUAUAUUUUAUUGGAAUCACUCUGGUGAGACUGCUUCCUCAUAUAUAUGAUUACAUUCGAGCUCCAGUUCCAAAUCCUUACUUUUCUGUGGACUCUGAAUUUGUUGAUCCAAAUUUGGACUUUUACUCAAAAUCUGGGGAUAUUGCCAUUCCUGUGACUGCAAUUAUUCUUGCAUUUGUGGUGUAUAUCCAACAAAGAUGGAGCUAUGAGAAGCUGAGUCAGAUUUUGACAUUUGGGCAGUACAAGCUUCUGCCAACUUUCAGAUAUGAGAGGUUGCCAUAUAAGUCUUGUGAAACUGAACUAGUUCCUGAUAUCAAUGGUGGUGGUGCAAAUGAGAAAGAGCAAGUUGAUGUAGAAUGAUGUAGACACUUUAGAAUUUUACUGACUGAAGUUGUUGUACACAUACAUGAGAAGUAGGUAUAAGAGUUUGGAUGGAUGUAUUACUA